GGUGAUUAGUGUGUGAGCCCUAGCUCUGAUUGGUCUUGCCUGGAUCUGUUUUGUGUGUACCUCUAGGCCAGUGGGCGGAGGAUUAAGCCUGCAUCACGUGGUCCCUUUAGCUUCUUUUCCACACAAACCCUAACCUUCGUCCGCACGCACACACACACAUAUCCUCCAACAAACACACUCACAGCUGUUGAUACCUCUCUCUCGCUCUGGUGAACAGUGGGACAGCCGAGGAGUGAAGCCUGCAGGAAUAUGGAAGAAUCUCAUGUCUGUUGGUAACUCGACCAAAGAGCAUCUGGACGGAAAAUCUGGACGGACAAGUGGAGCAACUUGUUUUCUGAUCACAGCCUGACUCUGGUUUUCAGUCAUUUGUAUUUCGCUCUUCCUCUUUCAUUCGUUUUUCACGACUUGUCUGUUGGAAUUUAAGCACUGACUGAGCAGCAAAGGAAAGCAGAGACAUGAGUCUUGCCUCUUCUGUCUUCUACUCCUGCCUGUUUUCUGCCAAUAAGUGACCAAGGAGGAAAUUUUAAGGUGAGCAUCAAAGCAGCAGCCAUUGAGCAAACCAGUGAGGUGAAUCAGGCAUGAGUGCGGACAGCCAUCCGGAGGUAGUGACCACUCCUCCGCCACCUGGUGGGGGGGCCAAGGAGCGCUACUUCGACCGGGUCAAUGUCAAUGAUCCGGAGUACAUCAGAGCCAGGAACAUGUCGCCGGACCUCCGACAAGAUUUUAACGUUCUGGAGCAGAAGAAACGGGUCACACAGAUACUACAAAGUCCAGCGUUCAAAGAAGAGCUGGAAAGUCUGAUCCAGGAACAGCAGAGAAAAGGGAACAACCCGACUGGACUCCUGGCACUCAGGCAGAUCGCAGACUUUGUCAUGGCCAGCUCAGUGGCCGGCUUCAACACAUCCCCUCUCAGUCUGGGGAUGGUAACUCCCAUCAACGACUUGUACGGAGUGGAGUCCUCCACCAUGGUGAAAGGCGAGAAGCAAACCCGCUGUAAACUAGCCAGCCUCUACAGACUGGUGGACCUGUUUAGCUGGGCACACUUCGCCAACUCCUACAUCACAGGUCGAGUUAGUAAAGAGCAAGAUCACAUUCUCAUCAUCCCUAGGGGUCUGUCAUUCGCUGAGGCUUCUGCAGCAAACCUGGUAAAGGUGAACAUCAUUGGGGACGUGAUCGAGCAGGGCUCCACCAACCUGAGGAUCGACACUGCAGGUUUCAGCCCGCAUGCUGCCAUCUACUCCAUGCGUCCAGACAUCCGCUGCAUCAUACACGUGCACACUCCUGCCACAGCAGCUGUGUCGUCUAUGAAGUGCGGCAUCCUGCCUAUUUCCCAGGAGGCAUUGCUCUUGGGUGACAUCGCAUAUUACAGCUACCAGGGCAGCCUGGAUGACCAGGAGGAGCGUAUAGAGCUGCAGAAGGCCCUGGGGCCCACAGCGAAGGUUUUGGUGUUGAGAAAUCACGGCGUGGUCGCUCUCGGCGAGACCAUUGAAGAAGCCUUUCAGUUCAUCUACACAGCCCAGUACGCCUGUGAAAUCCAGGUGAAUGCCAUCUCGUGUGCUGGAGGAGUGGACAACCUGAUAGUGCUGGACCAGGAGAAGUACCGGUCGCGAGUGUUUGCCCUGGCCUCAGCUGAAGCCGUCAACAUGGGGGGUCAAUACAAGUGGAAGCCCGGGGAACUGGAGUUUGAGUCGCUGAUGAGGAUGCUGGAUAAUCUGGGCUACAGGACCGGCUACACCUACAGACACCCCAUCGUGCGAGAGAAGCCGAGGCACAAGAGCGAAGUGGAGAUCCCUGCCACCGUCACGGCGUUCACCUUCGAUGAGGACGGCGACGCCACUCGGCUGCCCUUCAAGUUCCUGCAGCAGCGGCAGCAGAGGGAAAAGACACGCUGGCUCAAUUCGCCCAACAGCUACACCAAGGUCAGCGUGGAGGGCGGAGAGGAGCGCUACAACAGCCGGACCACCACGUGGAUGAAGGCGGACGAACCAGGCACCUCAAUCCGGAUCGAGGACGCCAAUCAGUUCAUCCCCCUCAACACAGACCCCAGUGAGGUUCUGCAAAAAAGAAACAAAAUCCGAGAGCAGAACCGGUUAGACGUGAUGUCAUCAGGGCCGCGCUCUCAGCACCUUGCAGGCAUUCCUGUUGAUGUACCGCGCCAGGAUCUGGGGCAGAUAAGAGUUAUGCCAUACGUGCCCACAGAGGAGGAGCAGAUGGCGCCUCUUCCUCCCAACCCGUUCAGCGAGCUGUCAGAGAAGGAGCUGGAGGAGUAUCGCAAAAACGUGGAGAGAAGGCAACUGGGCCUCAGCGAUGGCGAGCACGAGCUAACCUCUGACGACGGCUCCACUCUGUCUCAGUCUCUGUCUGUCGCUCAGUCCCCGCAAAGCACUCCAGCAAGAGAAGAGAACCACACGGGCCUGAUGAAUGGCAAAGACAACCAUGAUGAGGAGCUGUCGAGGCGCGUCAGUCAGCUGACCACCAGCGUGGAGAGCGUGGAGAUCACAGUGAGCGCUGGCGAGAAGAUCGAGGAGGUGCUGUCGCCCGAGAGCUCGCCCUCCAAGUCGCCCAACACCAAGAAGAAGAAGAAGUUCCGCACACCGUCCUUCCUGAAGAAAAACAAAAAGAAAGAGAAAACAGAGGCCUGAGAGCAAACAGAGGGAGGGAGUCAGGAAGAGCUUAAAGAGGAAAGAAAGGCUGCAUUAACCCUUUCUUUCCAUUUAUAGGCUUUUUGUUUGUUUGUCCUUUUAUGUUUUUUUUCUGUUUGUUUUAAUUAUAUUUGAUUUUUUUUAACAAGAGGUUUUAUGUGCAAAAAGCAGAAAAAAAACAAGAUUUUAAAAAAGCAGUUUUGCAAACAGACAAGAAUGUUUGGGAACUUUUGGGAUGGGUGUGUGUGUGAGUCCACACAUAAACCUGCAACAGGCGAUGGUGAUGAAGGCAGGUGGGUCUACAUACCUGGUAACUCAUGCAGUACUUUAACAAGGCUCCUUGGAACGUCUCAUAUAAAUCCUGACUAACUGGCUCUUUUUUUUUUUUUGUAUUCUUUUAUACUCAGAUUUUAUGAAAUGAGUGUUUAAAAGUUGCACGUUUGUGUUUUUUCUUGAUUCUGUGUAAGGGACAUGAGAGGCCACAUUCAACUUGGAGUCACACUGGAAAACUUGUUUAGGAAAAAAAAAACGAUGAGUUGGCAGGUUUGUGCUGGUUUAUUAUUCUGGGGGCUUUCUGCCAUCAUUCAAACUGUUUUAGAUGCAGAAUUUUUUAAAAAGAUGAUUGAAUUGGGUUGUUAGACUAGGGAUGAUAUGAAAGUCUAAGUUUUUUUGAAACAUUUAUCUCAUUUAUGUAGCAUUUUUUCAUCUGAUCCUCUGUUUUUUUUUUUUUUUUUGCCAAAUGAAAUGGAGGAAUGAUGACUAAAAAAAUCUCAUUUUAGUGACGCAUCUCUGUUGAUUGUUUUAAUUGAAUUUUAAAUUCUGUGGUGACCAACCUUGUUACAAAGAAUGCAAACAUUAUAGUUUAUACUUUUACGGUUAAGUUUAUUUUCAUCCUGUUGGCUCAAAAACACAGAGUUACUACUUAAAAGAAUGAUAGGAAAACUGGAUAUAGAUUUGUAGUGACAGUAUAUAUACUUUUUGUUUGUCGUGCAGCACUUUUUUUUUGUACUAUGUAACCCAGUUUUAGCUGCAGGUCUGUUUCACCAGUGAAGGGGAUUAUGAUGUUUUGGUUGAGACCGUGCAAGUAGCGAGCAAGGCGUUUGUAUUUUGUAAAAGGUCGGGAUCAGGAAAGUGAGCUGAAGGAAGAAAAAUAGAGAUAAUCUCGAUGGU